CACACAAGCAACCAACAGAGGAAGAUAAUCAAAUCACAAAAAAAAAACAAAAAAAAAACUCUGAAAUCACUAUGUCGUGCUUAGCUUGUUGCUGUGCGUCGGCGACGUGUGGGUUAUGCUCGUCGGUGGCUUCCGGUAUCUCGAGGAAAUCGGCGAGGAUCGCUUAUUGUGGUCUCUUCGGCGCCUCCCUCGUCGUCUCUUGGGUUCUCCGCGAGACCGCUGCUCCGCUCCUGGAGAAAUUCUCUUGGAUAAACACUUCGGAUUCAUAUACUAAAGAAUGGUAUCAGCAGCAAGCUGUUCUUCGUGUGAGCUUUGGGAACUUUCUCUUCUUUGCCAUCUACGCUUUGGUCAUGAUUGGUGUGAAAGACCAGAACGAUAGGCGUGAUUCGUGGCACCACGGUGGAUGGCCUGUGAAGAUGAUUGUUUGGUUUCUGCUUGUUGUCCUCAUGUUCUUUGUUCCAAAUGUUAUCGUCUCAGUCUAUGGAAUUUUAUCAAAGUUUGGUGCCGGAGCAUUUCUGUUGGUUCAAGUGGUCUUGUUGUUAGAUGCUACACAUAACUGGAAUGAUUCUUGGGUCGAGAAAGAUGAAAGGAAGUGGUACAUCGCUCUGCUUGUCAUAUCUGUCGUGUGUUACCUUGCCACAUACGCCUUCUCAGGAGUUCUGUUCAUGUGGUUCAACCCGUCAGGCCAUGAUUGUGGACUAAAUGUUUUCUUCAUCGUCAUGACGAUGAUCCUUGCCUUUGUUUUUGCCAUUGUUGCCUUACAUCCUGCGGUCAAUGGCAGCCUUUUACCAGCAUCGGUUAUAUCGGUUUACUGUGCGUAUGUCUGUUACACGGGUCUCUCCAGCGAACCACACGACUACGUGUGCAAUGGGCUUAACAGAUCAAAGGCAGUGACCGCUAGUACUCUAACGCUCGGAAUGCUCACUACAGUUCUCUCUGUUCUCUAUUCCGCCCUCCGAGCUGGCUCCUCCACAACAUUCCUCUCACCACCAUCCUCUCCCAGAGCAGGUGGUAAGGAGGCAUUGUUAGAAGACCCUGAGGAUGGGAAGAAAGGUGGUGAAGCAGAGGCACGUCCUGUGAGUUACUCAUACUCUUUCUUCCAUAUAAUCUUUGCGCUGGCGAGCAUGUACGCGGCAAUGCUUCUCUCGGGAUGGACUGACUCGUCAGAGAGUGCUUCUCUGAUCGAUGUGGGAUGGACCUCUGUUUGGGUCAAGAUUUGCACCGGUUGGGUCACAGCUGCACUCUACAUCUGGACACUCAUCGCACCGCACAUCCUUCCUGAUCGCGAGUUCUACUAAAUGGCACUUAUAUGUUCCGGUGAAUAUGUUUAUAUAUUAGCGACUUAAAGACUGGGUAUGGUCAUGUAAUGGUAAUGAAUGUAGCUCUUAUCAUAUUCUAUAUAUACUUGUAAUUAAAACAUGAACUAAAAGACUUGAAUGUUGGGAGUGUUCUUGGAUCC